AUGGUAUCUCCCAUUGACUUGGUAGAAUCGACUCUGCCUUUGGCAUACUCGAUCGCUUCGGCCUUGUUGAUUGUGCACCUCUCACGAAAGCCCAUUCACCUGGAUCAAUACGACGCUGUCAAAGACAACCUGAACGAGGAUGACCUUAAUAUCCCCACACACCAGCAUGGUGACACCACCAUCGGUCACAGCCACGGGGACUCUUCCGCCAUCAACGAGACCACUCAGGCCGCCGAGCAAUACCAGGACCAGCGCAACUCUGGCAUGGGCGUCAAUCUUGCCCGCCAGGGUCUGACUGCCUUUGCUCUCGGUCUCUCCGUCUUUUCUCUUGCCAAUUUCCACCUCAACAACAACAACGACAGCGAAGAUGACACCUUUUCUUUUGUUGCUGCAACUGAGAAAUACAGUUUGUUGACUGACUCAAUCAGAUCCCUGUCAUGGGCAUAUGCGUUGGCUCUGUCGUUUGUGUUCUUGAUCCGCCCUGCAGUCGCCUUUCAGUUCUGGGUCCGCCCUCAGCUCGAUUUCUUUUACGUUCUCCAAUUGGCCCUGACAUCUAUCCAGCUCUACCACAACGACGUAUUGACGACUCCCUUUUCCGAAUGGUCGGUGAGACUCAAGUUGGAGGAUGCUCUCUGGUUGACGACUGCUGCGUUGAUUUGGGUCGCGCUGAUCACCAAGCCGUACCAACCCUGGACACCUCCCAAGAAACUGAGGGAAGGCGAGAUUGAGCGUGUGCCUGCGCCUGAGUCUGCUGCUUCGCUGUACUCGUUUGUGGCCUUUUCGUGGAUCAACCCCUGGGUGUAUCUUGGUUUCAGGAGGCCUCUUCUCGACAAAGAUCUCCCUCCUCUUGCUAGCAGUGACCUUGCCCAACACUCGUUGCAACGGUUUAGAAUCACAAACUACUUUACCAACAAGAAGAAAUCGUCUUUUACCCGGACCCUUAUCUACGCCCUCCGCUGGGACUUUUUUAUUCAGUUCCUCCUGGCUCUUCCCUACGGUGCCCUCAGAGUCAUCUCGCCCAUCUGCCUGAACAGAAUCACAAAGUUUAUCGAGUGCAGGGACUGCGGAAAGCCUGGUCUGGACAUGUACGCCUGGGUCUUUGGUCUCUUGUUUGCCUCCCUCUUCGGCUCGCUCUGCCAACAGGCCGCGCUCCACAUGGGUCGCCGCAUCUUUGUUCGCGCCACCUCAAUCUGUAACGCCGAAGUCUUUGCCAAGUCUCUUCGUCGCAAGGAUGUAAACUCAUCUCUGGACUCCAAGGGGAGCGAGGACGGCGAGGCACCUAAAAAGAAGAAGGAGGGCAACACGAACAUCUCUAACUUGGUUGCUGUCGAUGUCCAGAGAUUGGAACAGGCUGUCUGCUACAUGCACAUGUGCUAUGAGUUCCCGAUUGAGUUUACGCUAGCUUCUGUUCAGCUGUACUACCUUCUUGGACCAGCAGCCUUUGUCGGAAUCGGAUUCAUGGUCGUGACUCUGCCUAUCCCUACCAAGCUGUACGCUGCCAUGAGAAAGCUGUUCCGCGAGAUCAUGGAGACCAAGGAUGAGCGCAUGGAUACCCUCACAGAGAUGCUCUCAGCCAUCCGCAUUGUCAAGUUUUUCGGCUGGGAGGGCAAGUUUGUCGAAAAGAUUACCACUGCCCGUGAGAAAGAAUUGCUUCGCACCAAGGACUCUUACACCCGUAUGGCUAUCUCCAACCUCGCCUGGCAGAUCAUCCCUCUCCUUAACAUUGUCGUCAUCUUUUGGGCUUACACUCGUCUAUUUGGCAACGAGAUCACCGCUUCUGCUCUUUUCACCACCUUGGCCUUGCUCGAUAUUCUGAGGCAGGCUCUGUCAACUAUUCCAUGGGCUAUGAUGUCCAUGAUGCGUGCCCAGGUCAGCUUGAAGCGUAUCGGCGAAUUUUUGGAUGAGGAGGACAUUGUCAAUGAUACCACCGUCACCAAGAUUGAUGGCAAGGCCCCCGUUCAUGCCUCGUCUCAUCCCACUAUCGGAUUCGUCAAUGCCUCGUACUCGUGGCCCAACAAGGAGCAAGACCAGGUCCCCGCCAAGGCUGCUGUCAAGAAGGAUUCCUGGAUUCAGAAGAUCAAGGGCAAGUUCUCUAAGGAUACUCCCAAGCCUGCUGAACCCGAGGUAGUUGCCGAACCCGAGGCCGUUCAGGAGCGUUUCCAGCUGAAGAACAUUUCUGCCGAUUUCCCUGUUGGCGGGCUGUCUGUCAUUGUUGGCCCCACUGGAUCAGGAAAGUCUGCUCUGUUGCUUGCGCUUCUUGGCGAGCUCGAGCGCACCGAAGGACACAUGUACUUGCCCCGCCUCGACUAUGACAGCAACGGAUUGCGCCCUCGUGGAUCGGGAAUCGCCUAUGUAGCCCAGACUGCUUGGCUCCAGAACACUACCAUUCGCGACAAUAUUCUUUUCGGCAAGGCCUUUGAUCAGGACCGCUACGACGCUGUUAUUGAGGGAUGCGCUCUUGUUACCGAUUUCGAGGUCCUUGAGGCUGGAGACCACACUCAGAUUGGAGAGCAGGGUAUUACUCUUUCUGGAGGCCAGAAGCAGCGUGUCGCUCUUGCUCGUGCUGUUUACUCUGAUGCCAAUGUCUUGCUUUUGGAUGACUGUCUCUCUGCCGUCGAUACCCACACCGGUAAACGUCUCUUCCAGACCCUUUCCGGACCUCUUUUGGCCGGCCGUUCAAUCCUUAUGGCUACUCACCAAGUUCAGCUGACUUUGAGCGCCGCCACAUAUGUUGUGGCUUUGGACAAGGGUGUCAUUCUUGGUACCGGUACCCCUGAGGAAUGUAUUCGCAACGGAUGGAUCGAUCAUGUCAAGCUUGUCGUCUCCGAAUCGGAUGCCGACAGCGAAGUCAGCACUUUGGACGGCGAAGACGCUCCCAAGAAGGCCAAGGCAACUGACAAGUCACACGUCAUCUCCAAGCUGACUGAGGACGAGAAGAAAGUUAUCGGCGCUGUCUCCUGGAAGGUCUAUAAGGCCUAUAUCGAUGCCUGUGGUGGAUACCCUGUCUGGUUCUUGCUGCUCUGUAUUACCUUCCUCAUGGAGUUGGUCGACAUUGGACAGAAGGCUUGGUUGGCUAGAUGGGGCAACAAAGUCUCCGCUGCCGCCGGAUCCCUUGUUCUCAUGACCUUUGGCACCGUUGCUCCCGAGCCCAUCGUCCAGUCCCUCAACAACAUUCACCGUCCCACCAACACCACCGAUCAUGAACUUAUCAGCAUGGCGAUGAAGGCUCUCGGCAAACCCGACCCUGUCAGCGUUGAGUUUUAUUUGGGCGUCUACGUCCUCCUCGCAGUCUUCACCAUGGUCUUUUCGAUCUUUGGUGGCUACUACAUCACUGUCUUUGUCAGCAUCCGUGGUUCCCGCACCUUGCACGCCCAAUUGCUCGAUAAGGUCUCGCGCGCCAAGGUCCGCUUCUUUGACACCACCCCCAUCGGCCGCAUCAUCAACCGCUUCAGUUCCGACAUUUCGACCAUCGACGAGUCUGUCAACCGCACUCUCUUGAUGUUUAUUACUCAAGUGAUCACAGUCAUCGGCAUUAUCGGAGUUAUCUCAUUCAACAUGCCAUUGUUCCUGAUCGCCGCCGUCUUUAUCGUCAUUAUCUACGGCGCCAUUGGAAUGUUCUACGUCCCCAUCUCUCGUGACCUCAAGCGCCUCAACUCCAACUCGCGCUCGCCCAUCCUCAACCACUUCAACGAGACCCUUGUCGGAAUCGCCACCAUUCGCGCCUAUGGUUUCCAGGAACGUUUUAUCAGCAGGAACAUGGUCAACCUCGACGACAACAACAGGACCUUCUUCCUGCUCUGGACUGCUAACCGCUGGCUGCACUGGCGCGUCGAUAUUGCAGGAGCCUUUGUCGCCUUUUCCACCGGAAUGCUUAUCCUCCAGUACAGCGAUACCAUUCAAGCCGGCUGGGCUGCCAUGUCGCUCACCUAUUCCUUGAUGUUCACCGGCACCGUUGUCUGGGUCAUUCGCUCAUAUACCGAGUGCGAAAUGAAUUUAAAUGCUGUCGAACGUGUCGUCGAGUACAUGGACUUGGAGGCAGAACCUGCAGCAAUCAUCCCAGGAUCGCGUCCACCAGCAUCGUGGCCUCAUAAUGGAGAAAUCGUGAUCGAUCACUUGACCAUGAAGUACGCCCCCGACACUCCCGAGGUCAUCAAGAACAUCUCGUUCACUGUCAAGGCCGGCGAGAAGAUUGGUGUGGUCGGUCGUACUGGAUCAGGAAAGUCUACUCUGGCCAUCUCGCUCUUCCGCUUCAUGGAGCCCGUUGGCGGCAGGAUCAUCAUUGACGGGAUCGAUAUCACCAAGAUUGGUUUGCAUGACUUGCGAUCCAAGCUGACAAUCAUCCCUCAGGACCCCAUCUUGUUCAGGGGCACCCUUCGCUUCAACUUGGAUCCCUUCGACGAGCACGAGGAUUUCGAUCUCUGGGAGGCUCUUCGCCGCAGUCACUUGAUCCCUGCCAGCGCCGUCCGUCUGGAUGGAACUGCCACCCCCAAGGUCUCAUCUUCCCCUAACACAAAGUCGCCCGCUGGAUCUAUCAAGGAUGACGCUUCAGACAGCACGGAAAUUGUCGACCCCUCCAAGAUCACCCUGGACACAGUCGUGAAGGAGAACGGAUCCAACUUUUCACAGGGCCAACGUCAAUUGAUCGCCCUCGCCCGCGCUCUCGUCCGUCGGUCAAAGAUCAUCGUCAUGGAUGAGGCGACCGCCAGUGUUGAUUUUGAAACCGAUCUCAAGGUUCAGACAACCAUCCGCGAGGAGAUGUCUGAGGCGACCAUUAUCACGAUUGCCCAUCGUAUCAGGACCAUUGCCGACUUCGACAGGGUACUUGUCAUGGAUGCGGGAGAGAUUGCAGAGUACGACAGACCCUAUACCCUGAUGCGCAAGGAGGACUCGUUGUUCCGCUCGAUGUGCGAGCGCUCGACAGAGUUGGAGGCGCUCUUGGAGAUUGCCAAGGCCAAGGAGCAACGCGACAGUGCUACCGUUCGCUCGUAA